AUGGCACCACGCACCUUGAUCAUCGGGACGCCCGAGAGCGCUGAUUUACUGUCCAGACAGGUCGCGAUGGUCGCGGAUCCUCCGGAGUUGAUCGGGGUGGUCUUGGUCGAUGGUGAUCCUGGGAUCAAGUCCAUCAACGGAUUGAGCGUGCUGGGACCGAUCGAGGCGAUCGGCGCGGUUUGCAGCGCGGCGGGGGUCGCGCAGGGGAUCGUGUCGCUCCCGGCGGCGUAUCGCGACCAAUGGCGCUCGAUCAGCACGGAGCUGCGGAGGUCGGGGGUCAUCGAGCGGUUCGUGACUCCGAUGGACGAGCUGCUCAACAGCGCUCCGGCGGUGGGUGAGCAAGCGAGCGUGCAGCUGAGUAACACGAAGAUCGAUCUGGGGAAGCUGGUCGGACGACAAGCGCACAGCAUCGAUCGCGAUCUGGUGGGUGAGAAUGUUACUGAUCAGUGCGUGCUGGUGACUGGCGCGGGUGGGUCGAUCGGUUCGGAGCUGGUCAAGCAGAUCGCGAGCUUUGGGCCGAGAAGGAUCGUGCUCAUGGAGCGUGCGGAGAACGCGCUGUUUGGGGUCGAUCGCUGGCUCAAGGAGAUCCAUCCGGAGAUCGAGCGCGUCGCGAUUCUGCAUGAUGUGGUCGAUGCGUCGACGACGCUCUCGCAUCUGGAGCGGUGGGGUCCGGAGGUGGUGUUGCACGCGGCGGCGCACAAGCAUGUGCCUUUGAUGGAGGAUCAUCCGUCGCACGCGGUGACGAACAAUGUGUUUGGGACCAAAUCGAUCGCGGACGCGUGUGUGGCGACUGGUGUGGAUCGGUUUGUGCUGAUUUCUUCGGAUAAGGCCGUGAAUCCGGUGAAUGUGAUGGGCGCAACGAAGCGGAUCGCGGAGAUGUACACGCAGUCGCUCGCGGCACAGGUCGAAUCGAUCCCAGGGAGCGACACGAAGCUGAGCAUGGUGCGGUUCGGGAAUGUGCUCGGAUCCGCGUGCAGCGUGCUUGAGAUCUGGGCGGAUCAGAUCAGCGCGGGACGACCGAUCACGGUGACCGAUGAGCGAAUGACGCGGUACUUCAUGACGAUCCCGGAAGCGGCGACGCUGGUGCUGCAAGCGGGAUCGAUGAGCGGGUUUGACACGUUUGGUGGGGGCGAGGUGUUUGUGCUUGAUAUGGGAGAGCCGAUCAAUAUCUUUACGCUGGCGCAGCGGUUCGUGCGCGCGUGCGGGUACUCGCCGGUGAUCGGCGAGCCGGCGGGGGGUGUGGGUCCCGCGGAGGUCCCGAUUAUCCUGACGGGAUCGCGUCCGGGCGAGAAGCUCCACGAGCAGCUGAGCUACGACGCGGAAGAACUGACCAAGACGGCGCAUCCUGGGAUUGCGCGGUUCAACGAGGACCUCGACCUCGCGUCAGGAAGUAAUCCGCGCGAUCGCGUCGAUGAUCCCGACGAUGGAUGUCAAAUCCACAAACGUGGUGUCUGCGGCGUGAGCGAUGCAGCGGGGCUAGUUGAACUGCGCGAGCCGAUUGAAGAAGACUUUGAGAUCAUCUUCGCGAUGACGCAGGAUCCAAUCGCAAAUGAGAUGUCGAAGGUUUACCCAAGAUCACGCGAGGAGUUUCGUGCGCGAUGGGACUUCCGGGAAGAAAAUCCCGAUGGACUCGUCAGGACGAUCCUGCUCGAUGGGGAAACAGUCGGUCGCGUGAGUUGUUUCGAUGCAGAGGGCGAGACCAAUGUUGGAUUCAUGAUUUGCAGAGCGCAUUGGGGCAAGGGUGUUAUGUCAACUGCUCUGCGUUUGUUCCUAGAGACGAUUGAUCAGCGCCCACUGCUCGCGCGAGCAGCGAAGAGCAAUAUUGGAUCGUGCCGAGUGCUGGAGAAGUGCGGCUUCAAGAAGAUCGAAGAGUGUGUGUGCGAGAUUGAGAUCGAUCUCGACGACACGCAACUCCAGAAGGAGACUGUGGUGGGUCUCCCCGAUGCGGCGGUUCGUGAGUCACUUGAACGCGUGCGAUCCGCGAUGGGGAACUCUGGAUAUCCGAUGCCUCGCGGGAGGACGCUGAUUAAUCUCGCGCCGGCGCAUGUGCGGAAGGAAGGUCCGGCGUAUGACCUCCCGAUCGCGGUGGGGGUGCUGAUCGCGCAGGGGGUGAUCCAGCAGCGCGUGCCGGCGGGUGUUGGGGGGGUUGGGGUUGGUAGCAACUGGAGUGGCGGGGUUGGUGAGUCGUCGGAGGAAUUGUUUGGAUUGGAUCCGAGGUCGGUAUUGAUCGCGGGGGAGCUGGCGCUCGAUGGGCGCGUGCGUCCGAUCCGAGGGGUGAUCGCGAUGACCUCGCUUGCCAAGUCACUCGGACUCGAUGCGGUGAUCGUUCCCGAUGCGAAUGCGCCGGAAGCAGCGGUGGUUGAUGGGGUGCGUGUGUUCGGGGUGUCGUCGCUGGCACAGGUGGUGGGGUUGUUCAAUGGUGGUCUUGAGCUUGAACCGACGCCGGCGGUGGAUGUCGCGUCGAUGCUUGAGUCGUCGCGCGCGAGCGUGGACUUUGGGGAGAUCAAGGGGCAGGAGUCGGUCAAGCGGGCACUUGUCAUUGCGGCGGCGGGUCAGCACAACAUUGUGAUGCUCGGACCUGCGGGCACUGGGAAGACGAUGAUGGCCAAGGCGCUGCCUGGGAUAUUGCCGCCUUUGACUCCGGAGGAAGCGAUUGAGGUGACGCGGAUCUAUUCGUCCGCGGGCGAGCUUGAGGCGGGGCGCGGUUUGAUUUCGAGUCGUCCGGUGCGCACGCCGCAUCACACGGCGAGCAGUCCCGCGAUUGUGGGUGGUGGGAUUGUGCCAAGAGCGGGAGAGAUCUCGCUGGCGCAUCAUGGGGUGCUGUUUUUGGAUGAGCUCCCAGAGUUCCCGCGAAGAGUGUUGGAGACGAUGCGACAGCCAUUGGAGGAUCGUGUGGUGACGAUCGCGCGGGCGCACGGAUCGGUGAAGUUCCCGGCAUCGUUCAUGCUCGUCGCGGCGAUGAAUCCGACCCCGCGUGGCGAUGUCGCGCCGGGAGAAGUGGGGCAGCAGGAGAUGGAUCGGUACUUGUCGCGGAUCAGCGGGCCGUUGAUGGAUCGGAUCGAUCUGCAUGUGGAAGCGCCGGCGGUGCCUUGGAAGGAACUGAGCGGGAAGGCGACGGGAUCGACGACGGCGCAGAUGGCGGAGCAGGUGCUCGGGGCUCGAUUGAUGAUGCGGAGCAGGCAGGGCGCGACGGUGAACUCGGUCCUGCGUGGACGAGAGCUCGACGAGAUGAUGUCGCUGAGUGAGUCGGCGCAGAUCCUGCUCGAGCAAGCGAUGACGCAGCUUGGUCUGAGCGCGAGAGGAUACGACAAGGUCCGGCGCGUCGCACGCACGAUUGCGGAUGUCUCGGGGAGUAAUCAAGUGCUCCCAGAACACAUCGGCGAAGCGGUGCAGUACCGAUUGCUGGAUCGGCGCGUCUGA